AUGUUGAUCGUAGUUACAGUCGGAUAUCCUGCCGAUCUUAGUCAAGGAACUGAGAGGGGAGCUCUGAAACGAUACCCCAAAAGAGAGAGCAUGAUGUCGCGUUCAUCGCGAGACAUAAUAAACGACCCUGACAAGGCACCGGACGAAGAAAACGCCGUCGCGCCGCUCUCAGAGAUCGCCGCAGAACAACCCGUCGAGCACCGCGACGAACAAGAAGAACAAGAAGAACAAAAACGACGCGAAAGAAUCAGAGACGAGGAAGAGGAGCGAGAGGAGCGAGAAGAGGAGCGUUACGAUGAUGAGGGCAUACCACUCGCAGAAAUCACGUCUGAGCCGCCAGUCGAGCGACAUGAACAACCAGCUCCACCCCCAGCAGCAGCGGAGGGUCUAUCAGCAUGGGCUACGAGAAUAUAUACAAUUUCAUAUCUGAUAUUCUUCGCGAUCUGGGGAACGCUCGCGCGACUGGGCGUGCAGGCUUUAACGAUAUAUCCCGGUGCUCCUGUUCUUACAGGUGUGGUAUGGGCGAAUGUAGGCGGAUGCAUCCUCAUGGGGUUUUUCAUCGAGGAUCGAAAUAUAUUCCGCGAAGAAUGGGGUCUGCCUGCAGAAGACGCUACAAAGUCGUACCAGCAGCCACGCAGAAAAUCUUCUACAGCCAGCGCGCAGGAACGAUGGCUCAAAAGGCACAAGACCGUUAAGAAAUCAAUUCCACUCUACAUUGGCUUAACGACGGGGUUCUGUGGCUCGUUUACGAGUUUUUCAAGCUUCAUGCGCGAUGUAUUUUUGGCGUUGUCUAACGAUCUCGCGGAUUCAUCUGUUUCGUCUCCUACUGGUAGUUUGGUCGCUAGUCGCGCAAGAGGGGAUAGUUUCAUGGCUGUUGUCGCAGUGCUCGCUAUCACUGUAUCUAUGAGUUUAGCCGCAUUCUAUCUCGGUGCUCAUCUUGCGCUCGCGCUUGACCCAUUGACGCCUACCAUUCCCUUCCGGUUUACGCGCAAGGUUCUUGAUCCUCUUGUCGUUGUGCUAAGUUGGGGUUGCUGGCUCGGAUCGGUGUUUAUGGCCAUCUGGCCCCCGUAUAAUGCAUGGCGGACCGAAGCCGUGUUUGCCAUCGUCUUUGCGCCGCUUGGAUGUCUGUUCAGAUUUUACAUGUCUCUUGCAUUGAAUGCGCGGAUCCCUGCCUUCCCCCUGGGCACAUUCGCAGUUAAUAUCAUAGGAACAGGGGUGCUGGGUAUGUGUUAUGAUUUGCAGCACGUAGCUGGCAUCGGAGCCUGGGUUGGUUCCUGGGGGUUUGAUCCAUUGGCACCAUCGUCAAGAGCAUCGAUUUUUCCCGAUGUGACUGCUGAAUUGGGGGCUACUGCGCGCUCGAUCCGGGUGUCGUGUCAGGUGCUGCAGGGUAUCAUGGACGGGUUUUGCGGCACAACGACGACGGUUAGCACUUGGGUUGCGGAGUUGACUUCUAUUGGACUUGGGACGUCGAAACGACGCCGGUUUGCGUGGGCAUAUUUGUAUGCUGCUGUUAGUAUGGGAGUGGGAUUGAGUUUGUUGGUUGUUGUAAUGGGGAGUGUGAGAUGGAGUCGUGGGUUUGAUAAGCCUUAUUGCUAG